AUGGCAGAUCCAUUGUACGAAUUGCUCACGCCAUACUUCGAGAAUGAGACCACCGCGCCCUCGUUACGAGAUGCACCGACCUCCAGCUACCUCGCCCGCUUGAGCACCCUCUCCUACGCCGAUCUCACGUCCGUCGAAUCAUCCUCGCUCCUCCAAGCCGCACAAUCCGCGCACCGAAGUCUUCAGGCUCUCUCGAAGCGAUCACACAAAGCGGUCAUAUCAUCCUCGUCACACCUUUCCAAUCUAUCAACAUUGCUACCGACGUUCAACUCGCAAGCACGAGCAUUGAACGAUGAUAUACCAUUACUGGAAAGUGCAGCGACCGAGUUCGCGCAGAAAUAUGACAGAAGUACGGAGAAUGCAGUUCUGGACCGAAGGAAACGAACAGCGUUGCUCUCGCGUAAUGUGGAUCGAGUCUCAGAUGUGUUGGAUUUACCCUCCCUGCUCUCGUCAACUGUGACAGCUGCGCAAACUGGUGCUGCGACAGGAUCGAGCACGGCAGGCUCUGCUACAUCGUAUGCGACAGCUCUGGAUCUACACGCGCAUAACAAACGAUUAAGAGCGUUGUAUCCUCAGUCAGACCUGGUUGGAACAAUCUUGAAGCAAUCCGAGGAGGAGAUGCAGAAUCUAGCUUCAAUAUUGAUUACUUCACUGCAAAGCCCGUCCUUGAAGCUCGCGGCUGCUAUGAGGACGAUAGGUCUGCUGCGGAGAGUGGCGCCUGAGCUCGCUGAGGAUGAGUACCAGCCUGAAAAGUCAAAAGCUCUCUCGUCGAAAUCGAUAGGAUUUUCAUCUAAUACUGGGUCCGGUGACGGUGCCUUAGGAUGCCUGUUCCUCGUCUGUCGCUUAUACGCCCUGAACAAGACUUUGGAAGCUCUGGACCCACUACGAGACCUGGCCGAUCAGGAAACAGCGCAGCGAAUCGAGCCAACUACGAAGCCGUCUGGCUCAUCUGGAAGCUCACAUGGCAGCCAGAGCGAGCGUUUCCUGAAGCGAUACCUCGAAAUCUACCGCGAGCAGAGUUUCAACAUCUUGAGCAUGUACAAGAACAUCUUUCCCUCAAAUCUUCCGGAUCCGGAACAUCGGACCAGGUCUCACGAGACUCGCGAUCCGCUGCUGCCUUUCCCGUCCCCGAUAUCCUCGUUCGCCCUCCAUCUGGUUGACAUGCUCGAAGGCACCCUACGCGAGUACAUGCCUAAUGUGACCGACACAGCUACGCGUGAGUCAUUACUCACGCAAGUUCUGUACUGCGCUGGUAGCCUAGGCAGGCUGGGCGCGGAGUUCGGCAUGAUGAUUGCUCUACUGGAAGAGGAUCUUGCCGCCGGACGGACACCCGAAAAGGCCAAGGAAGACGAUGAACAAGAAUGGGUCAGAGUCAUGAAGAAGCAUCGCGUCCAAGCCAGUAGAUUGGAAGUGCUUGCGCGAGGUGUAGGCGGCGGACAGCGAAAGUCAAGCAUGGAUGUGCAGUCACCACCGUCGGGCACUUCGCCGACACCGACACCAUUGACGGCGGUCUAG